UGCACCAUUGGCAUCUCUCUCUCUCUCUCAGUCUGAGCUCUCUUCUCUGAUAAUUAUUCAGGGUGAUCUUUGCUUUGGGAAGAUGGGCUUCACUAGUUUCAGCAGUGAGUUUGUUUCACCGGUUUCUCCGGCUAGGAUGUUCAAGGCUGGAGUCCUUGACUUGCACAGUCUCAUCCCCAAGCUCAUGCCUGAGGUCGUCACAACUGCUGCCAUUGUUCAAGGAGAUGGAGGAGUGGGAAGCAUUAAGCAAUUCAACUUCACUGAAGCUUUUCCUGUCAGCCAUGUGAAAGACCACAUUGAUGUUCUAGACAAAGAGAAAUUCGUGUGCAAGUAUUCAUUGGUGGAAGGUGGUGAAAUAGGGACGAAGCUGAAAUCUGCUUGCUACGAGAUCAAAUUCGAACCUUCAAGUGAUGGAGGAAGUAUCUGCAAAUUGGGGGCCGAAUACAACGUUCUGGACGGAGUGACAUACACAGAAGACGAAAUCAAGGUGGCCAAGGAUGGGAUGACUGGAAUGUACAAGACGAUUGAAGCCCAUCUCUUAACCAACCCUCAUGCCUAUGCCUAGAUAUAUAUCUAUUGUCACUGGCUUCAUAAUAAUAACUGUGCUUGAUGUACUUGGCGGAACUCCACUGUUGUGGUACUCUAUCCUGUACUGUUCUAGUAUAUAUAAGAAUUAUCUCCCUCAUUUUAA